AACCUUUUUCAGCUUCAACACGUGAAAAACAAUUUUCCUCGUCUACAUUCUGCUCUGGAAGAACUGAAGUUUUUCACCAAAGAUACCAAACAGCAGACAGAGAGCAAAACCACAGAAGUUCUUUUGCAAGGGAUGCAAGAUGCAAUAACACAAUUCAAGAGACAAUCUCAAAGCUUCAGACAGAUAAAUACAUCCAGCUGUCAAAUGGAAAUCUGCGUGUUUACGUGCAGAAAAUCUUCAAAUGUUACGCGAAAGAUAGAGGAAAUUUCUAGUAACUUAGAUCUGGGAAGCAUCAAGAAAAUUCAAAUCGCUGCUGUGGUGGACAACACAGAAGACCAAGACGUGCAAGAGGAUUAUAAUAAUAAAGAACAAGAGACAAGCCCGUCGAGUUCCACAGAAACUGGAAUGACAGGAUGUGGUAUUGUCGAUACAAUUGUUUUACAGAAAGAUCCUUCAAGUUUUCAGAACUUUUUCAAAACUUGGUUGAUUGAUUGUGAAACGGAUCAAGAGCAUCUACGGAUCGAACUACCAAGUCCUUGUGCUCUAAAUGAAGAGGAUAUGAUUCUAGAACCAAUGCAUAAUAAUACUGUAACUUUGAAGUGUGAUCUUCACGAGAGGCUUAUUAGUCCUUCCAAUCUCCCCUACCGCUCACAGUUUGAGGUCAAUGCAGAAUGUGUGCCCGUUAACAAGUCAUGGGCCUGCAAUACUAAACAGAAUGGUGUCAAUAGUUAUCCAGUUCACACCAUGGCAGUAGAUAGGCUUAUCAAGAGAGAAGCUAUAUGCGAAUCAGUGAUUUUUGGUAUGCCAUACAUUUUACGUCCCACAGUAUGCUGGAAGCUCGAUUGGGAAGAACUCGAACGUAACCAACAGUAUUGUCACGCCUUGUGUCAUGCUUUACAGGAACGGGAUUUAAUGGUUCUCUUAAAAACAAAAACUGAUACAAAACAAGGGCAACAACCAAGCCUUCCUAUUGGCCACUUUAUCCUGCUCCCUUCGCACGGCAACACCAUGUUACUCAAGUCAAUAGCUACUAAUGAACUGAUGUUACCUGUAGACUUAAAUCAACCGGUGGAAGGACCUAACAUUGAAGCCACUGAAAUCAUUGGUGCUUGUCUUGACCAGCUUCAUAUAGUGGAUGCAUACAAUCCUCUACUUGUGAGAAGUAACCUAUACAAGUGUUUAUCGUCAAAUGCCCUAAAAGGCAACAAGGGAAACGUUCCUCAAAGAUCUGUAAAGAGAGGCUUUCAAGUCCCUCAGAGAUAUCAGCAAGAAAACAACAAUAAUCAAGUUGCCGAGUCACGCCCAAAUCACCUCAAACCAACUCGCGUUCCUGCUGUACCUAAACGAGUUAUCUUCAGCAAAGAAGGCAACGUUAACAAAGCAACUGCUAUCAAACGGUCCCGUGUUGCUCCCGCUUUAGAUAUCUAUGUAUCGAGCCCUCCUGACUUUCCAGACGACGUUUAA